CCAAAUGUGCUUCCAAGCUUAAAUCUGGUUAAUGAUUUUUAUAUCAGAACUGGGAGAGAGUCACUCAGGCUUGACUCUGACUGGCUGGUUUUUGUUUCCUGAGCACAGACUAGGGGGCAUAGUCCUUUCCUCAUUGAAUUUAGGAGAGAAGCCUUCUGCCAUUUCAUCUGAGAUAAAAGGGAAAACACAGAGGUUGUUUGUAUUUUGUGGAGACGACUGCACACACCAUGGCAUCUGAAAAGCCGAUACUUUACAGCUAUUUCCGAAGUUCCUGUUCUUGGAGAGUGCGAAUUGCACUCGCUCUGAAAGGAAUUUCCUAUGACCUGGUCCCAGUGAACCUCAUUAAGGAUGGAGGACAGCAGUUUUCUGCUGAAUUCAAAGCACUGAAUCCAAUGCAGCAAGUCCCAGCCUUGAAAAUUGAUGGCAUCACCCUUUGUCAGUCACUAGCUAUAAUUAAUUACCUAGAAGAGACACAUCCUAACCCCAGGCUCCUGCCCCAAGAUCCAAAGAAGAGAGCCCAAGUCAGAAUGAUUGCUGAUCACAUUGUCUCUGGCAUUCAACCUCUCCAGAACCUGAGUGUCCUGAAACAAGUGGGGGAGAAAAAAAUGGAAUGGGCUCAAAACUGUAUCACAUCUGGCUUUCAAGCACUGGAGCAGAUUCUGCAGCACACUGCUGGAUGCUACUGUGUAGGGGAUGAAGUUUCCAUGGCUGAUCUGUGUUUAGUGCCUCAAGUGGCCAAUGCUGAAAGAUUCAAAGUGGACAUGGGUCCAUAUCCCACAAUAACCAGAAUAAAUAAAGCUCUCUUGGAGUUAGAGGCCUUCAAAAUAACCCACCCUUCCCGGCAGCCAGAUACUCCUGCAGAGCUGCGAGCUUGAAGCCUUUCUACUCAUUAAAUCAAGAAACCUGGCAUGAUAAAGAGGGCAACACCUACCGUUUGAGUAGAACUUCAGUGCCAGUAGGAAUCCCUAGUACUAUUGUUGCCCUUUCAUUUGGGUGGGAAGGACAGAGGACCUGGAAGUAGUGUGGAUGACAUACAGGAGCUGUGCCUGUGCUGGAACACCUGCAGCUACUAGUUUUUUUAAUGCAGUCUAUCUCGAUGAAGCAGAUUAAAGCAGAAGUAUCCAUAAUGAUCAGAAGUUCCCUCUGUAUGGCUUUGGGUAGGGGAAUGUGGCCACAAAAACGGUGAGGCAUUGAGCCAAUUCUGUAUUUCCCCCAGGGGCUACUUUCUACUAUCUACAGAAAGCAUCAGGGAAUCGGUGUACACAGUGUGCUUGUCCUUGAAGGUGCCUCAGAGCCACAGCACAUUCAUCAGUUCCAUGGAUAUAAACAAUAAAAUCUAGCCUCUGAUGGAAGAUAGCUUAAUUCUUGUUGGGGUCUUGAAAGAGCCAAGUCAGCAACUCUGUCACCCUCUGCAAACAACGAGAGCAGUUGCACAGAAUUUAUAGAAGAUUUGCCUAGAGCAAAGCUAGGUGAUCGUGCUAUAGACAGCAAGGCACAACCAGCUCUCUACACUGAAAAUUAUGUUCUCUUCUUUUUUCUAUCCUCAGACACUGUUCUAGGUAUUUUCCUAGCCUUCAGCUGCAGACUGUUGCCCAAGGGAAUCCCACCCCAGAGUGCCUCCAAACCAGAAUCAUGCCUUUACUUUUACUUUCCAAAUAGGAGCAGCAAAUACCAUUCCACUCAUCCCAAAUGAAACCAAACACUUAAGUCACCUUCAAAGCUGAAAGCACCCUGGGAAUUCCAGCUAAAAACCUGUGCAGCAAGAAGGGAACCCAUUAGCUUGUUGUCUGUGUUCUUGUGCAGACUCAGUUCAGAUCCCACUGAAUGUUUUGGCACCUAAGCCCAGAUAUUGUAUGUCAGGUACCCUGGAAGAACAAUACCCAUGGCCUUCAGACUUUAUAAAUCCACAAUCUCUUGUACCAAGGUUGCAUUCACCUACAUACAGCUUCCUGGACUGC